GACCAAUAAGGCCCGGGUGGCGCAGUCGGUGUGUCAGGAUCGUUGUCAAACCGAAAGUUGACCUUUUCCGUGUAUAAUUUUAUAAGAAACGAAUUUCGUUUAUUUUGGAAUUAAUGUACAUUUUGGUGUGCAGUCGGCUCUUAUGAUGGCAUCUAGAGAUGAAGCCCAGGACCUCGUGGAAUGUAAUCUGUGUCAGCAACCAGUCUCGUUUUUCUGCAGACGAUGCGGGGUUAAUCUCUGCGAAACCUGUAUCGCAAAACAUCUACGCGUGAAAUCUAAAAACGGCCAUGACAUUGUAGAUUACACCAGCAAGGAUGAUGACGACACAUGCCACUGUGAUUCCCAUCCCCAAAACGUUUGUUCCGCAUACUGUAAAACUUGUGAUGCUCCGAUAUGCAUCCUCUGUGUAUCUAUCAAACACAAAUCGCACGAAAUGUCUGAGCUGUCCGAUAAAAUUGAAGAACUUUUAAAAGUUAUCGCGAAGGAAAAUGAUCGACUUCAGUCAUCCAAACAUGAAUUAGAAAGAACUCUGGAUCACACGACGAAGAUGUUGUCCUCGAUAUCCUCAUACUACAAACAGAGGAAAGAUCAAGUUACAGCCCAUGGAGAAGAGUGGCACAAACAGAUCGAGAAUACCGUGAAGAAACUUCACCAGGAACUGGAUGACAUGCAAAAGGAACACGAGGCUGUACUACAGAAACAAAAGAAAGAGUUUGAGGAAAUGAUUGGAAAAGUGAAUGAAAUCAACGGGAAAACAAUAAAAUUACAGAAAUCUAAAAACGUCACGGAAAUGCAGACAUUCAUACCAGUCAUUGAGAAACAAGAAACAUUGAGCGAGUUCUCUCUGUAUUCAUUUCCGACGUUCUAUGAAUGUAAAAUAGAUGCAAAUUAUUUGCAAACUUAUUUCGGGUACGUUGAUAAAAUGCAGAAAAAGAAAACGUCGCUCUUGGAAAAUAAAUUCAAAGAUAAUGAUUUACCGGGUAGAAGAACAUUAAAGGUACCAAAGGUUACUUCUGUUAUAGACACUGGGUUCCCUGCUGAUGAAAAUCAAAACCGUCUGCUUGACAUGGCCGUUACCGACGAUAACAAAGUGUGGAUGGGAGGAGCAAGCAGAGAACUAAAGUUGUUUGAUCUCCAGGGACACCUUCAACACACCGUCAGCAUUAAUGACCAUGGCGUGUACAUAUGUAUGUACAACAAACAUGUAGUGUACAUUAAUCAACCAAAUAAAGCCGUGAGAAUGAUAUCUGACACCGACUCUGUGGUGACGAUGUUCACGACCGAGGACUGGGUGCCAUUUGGCGUCACAAGCGCGGCUUCCGGUGAUCUGCUGGUCUGUCUCCUCAAAGACGAUCAGAACAAAGUCGUCCGAUACAGCAGUACCGGUACCGUGCUCCAGGAAAUCCAGUACGACUCUCAGUGUCUACCUCUGUACAAAGACGCGACUUACGUCACUGAGAAUGUCAACGGGGACAUCAUUGUAACUGACUUUAAGAAAAACGCAGUCAUUGCUGUUGAUAGAUUGGGCAUAUUCCGGUACUCGUACUCGGGUGUUACAGGUUCUAGAGUAACCACUGAUUCUGUCGGUCACGUCAUUGUUACAGACUAUCUCGGAAACAAGAUUCACAUGCUGGACAGAGACGGGCGAUUCCUGAGGUACAUCAUUCCUGAAGGAGGAAUGUACAUUGCACGCGCCGUGUGUAUCCUUGGUGACGGUGAGAUGAUGGUGGGAGAGUGUAAGACCGGAAUCGCCAAAAUAGUCAAAUUCUUAGAAGAAUGAAGACAUAAUGCUAUUUUUCAAUCUGUUACAAUAACAGUAUUGGGUAUUGGACAAGUAUGACUUGGUUGGACUACAUGCACAAGUUGUUAAAUUAUAUUGCAUUGUAUGGGAUUGCUAAAAAAACUAUUCAAUUUCGUCACUUGGUUUAAAAACAUUUAAACGCGAAAAUAAUGGUUUCUACAUGCAGUAUGAAUUAUAAAUCAUAUUUGAUUAAGCUCUAUUGCUAAUGAAAAAUUUUGUUUUAAUUUUUUUUUUGUAACAACGAAAUUUGUAACUGCAAAAAUUUGGACGGCAUUAGAUAUUCUGUCUGAAACGGGUUGAGGGAAACAACAAAAACAUACGUAUACGAGACUGCACGAAAUGAUCAUAAUGAUGGCAGAGUCAAAUUUUGAUUAAAUACGAUUUGGCCGCUGCUCUUAUAUAACGUACUGAUGUACAUCGACUAUAAUUUAGUUAGUUUUACUUUUCACGAUAAAGUAAAAAGAAGGAUGUACAUAUAAACAAAUACUUUCUUUAAUGAUUAAUGCAGUUAACGAAGGUAGCAAUCAUUACAGAAAAAAUACGUUUGUUUUUACUGCAAUGUCACCAUCUUCAUAUCCCGCAUGAAUCACCAAAGAAAGCAUUUUAUUUUUUAUUUACUGUCAAAAUGUUGCACAGAAGUAACCGCCAUAUUCCGGAUCCGUAUAUAAAGAAGUUACCAUGGUAAUGAGAACUAUAGCUACUUGGAAGUUUAUACUAUUUAGCCCGUUUAAGUAUGUACAGUCCGUGCUCUCGAUAUAGCUUUACACGAAUCGCUCAAUCAAGAAAAAAAACCGCACGCAAUUUCAAAAUUAAAAUUACAAAAAAGACAUCAAUGAAAGUUGUAAAAUAAUCAACUUUUCAAAUAUUUUUUUAAAAUUUAAUCAGCUAAACAAUGGAUUACAAAGUAGUUUUUGAAAGUCAAUUAAACGUUUAUGAAUACGUUCACACACAUGUGCUUCGUUUCAAUGGGUCGCGUGAUUGUAUAU